UUUGACAUGCAAAAUAAAAUAAUGGUAGUGUCCACUGGUCUAAUAUAGUGCAACAUUAUACGAUGGGUAUUAUCCAAUAGUCUCAUAUGUUGGGAGAGUAGUAUCACUAUAUAUUCCACACUUAAUUUGGAGGUUUAUGUGCCCAAUACUAAUUAUUUUUUUCUCUUUCAUCUAUAUUCAAGUGGUCUACUAGGUACAAAGACAUGUUUCCAUCCAAACCAUGCACAAUUGCUUCCCAGCAGCGAAAUCUCAAGGAAGAAGAUGAUUCCGCUGCUACCUUUGUUUUGCAUGGACACACUAAAAAUGUGCAAGCUAUUGCUAAUGAUGUUUCUAAAUCGACGAAUCGUAGAGAUGCCACCAUCUUACGCGACUCCUUCAUUCCAAGCAAAGCUCCAACCCUUUCUCUAGAAAUCCUAACUAUUACAGUUGACUCGAAGGAGAACAACCUGUCGCAGCCACUGACAGCCCCGAUACUAAAAGGAAGGAGGCUCUUCCACUCACUGGAUAGGCGAUGCACUGGAUCAGCGCCGACAAAGCGUUCAAGAGCUGCUACUGCCUGCAACACAACGCGGGUAAAAUUUCAUAUUCUAGAACAUUUAUAUGCAAUAGUGAUUUACAUUGAAGUAGAGCAUUUAUGUGCAUGUCUAAUGAGUAUGUGA